AUGAGUUACCUUAACUUGUUUUGGUUAUACUCUCGACUUUGUCGACUUGAUUUGGUUGGAAAAACUGUGAAGGGAGAGAUCGAGGUUCGCUUUUCAAAGGAAAAUUUUGAAAAGAAAACGUGGAAUUAUUCAAGGAAGAGGGAAAUUUAGACUGUUAUCAGGGAAAAUACGAUAUUUCCAAGAAAAAUCAUAAUUUUUUCAGAAACAUACUCGAAAACCAUGGAAAACCCGCCUGCACAAAACAUUGGCGGUCGAGCAAAUGCGCUCUACGGACAAUCGACAAUUCGCAAAGGUAAUCCUGAAAUAAAUGAGAACUUCUGAAAUAUCCAAAGAAAAACUAAUAAAAUUCAGGGCUUUCUUGAUUUUAUUUAAUUAGAAAAUCUUGAAAACCCUGGAUUUUAUCAGUUAUUUUUUGGAAUUUCGGCGGAGAUGCGGAAGCCAUGCCCAAAUUUUGAAUUUUUGAUGAAAAAGUUAGUUUCUAGCCUGUAUUAUCUGCAAUUCUAGCUGAAAAUCGAUAAAACCAAGAAUUCUAUCGAUUUUCAGCUGGAAUUUCAGCGGAGAUGCGGAAGCUAUGCCCAAAUUUUGAAUUUUUAAUGAAAAAGUUAGUUUCUAGCCUGUAUGAUCUGCAAUUCUAGCUGAAAAUCGAUAAAACCAAGAAUUUUAUCGAUUUUUAGCUGGAAUUUCAGCGGAGAUGCGGAAGCCAUGCCCAAAUUUUGAAUUUUUAAUGAAAAAGUUAGUUUCUAGCCUGUAUGAUCUGCAAUUCUAGCUGAAAAUCGAUAUAACCAAUAAUUUUUUUCGAUUUUCAACUGGAAUAUCAGCGGAGAUGCGGAAGCUAUGCCCAAAUUUUGAAUUUUUAAUGAAAAAGUUAGUUUCUAGCCUGUAUGAUCUGCAAUUCUAGCUGAAAAUCGAUAAAACCAAGAAUUCUAUCGAUUUUCAGCUGGAAUUUCAGCGGAGAUGCGGAAGCUAUGCCCAAAUUUUGAAUUUUUAAUGAAAAAGUUAGUUUCUAGCCUGUAUGAUCUGCAAUUCUAGCUGAAAAUCGAUAAAACCAAGAAUUUUAUCGAUUUUUAGCUGGAAUUUCAGCGGAGAUGCGGAAGCCAUGCCCAAAUUUUGAAUUUUUAAUGAAAAAGUUAGUUUCUAGCCUGUAUGAUCUGCAAUUCUAGCUGAAAAUCGAUAAAACCAAGAAUUUUAUCGAUUUUUAGCUGGAAUUUCAGCGGAGAUGCGGAAGCCAUGCCCAAAUUUUGAAUUUUUAAUGAAAAAGUUAGUUUCUAGCCUGUAUGAUCUGCAAUUCUAGCUGAAAAUCGAUAUAACCAAUAAUUUUUUUCGAUUUUCAACUGGAAUAUCAGCGGAGAUGCGGAAGCUAUGCCCAAAUGUUGAAUUUUUAAUGAAAAAGUUAGUCUCUAACCUGUAUUAUCUGCAAUUCUAGCUGAAAAUCGAUAAAACCAAGAAUUCUAUCGAUUUUUAGCUGGAAUUUCAGCGGAGAUGCGGAAGCUAUGCCCAAAUUUUGAAUUUUUAAUGAAAAAGUUAGUCUCUAACCUGUAUUAUCUGCAAUUCUAGCUGAAAAUCGAUAAAACCAAGAAUUUUAUCAAUUUUCAGCUGGAAUUUCAGCGGGGAUGCGGAAGCUAUGCCCAAUUUUCGAAUUUUUCUUGAAAAAACUUGUAAAAAUUCAAUUUUUUUUCCAGAUUGGAGGUCGAGCAAAUGCGCUCUACGGACAAUCGACAAUUUUCAAUGGUAAGCAUUUAUCUUAUUGUCAUUCCGAAAAAAUAAGAACUUGGAAGAGAACCGAAAUGGCCUAGGAAACCAAGACUACAGUAGACUUCGCCAAAUUUUGGGGUCUAUUUGAAAAAUAAAAUGCGAAAUUUACACGCUGGCUAUUUGCCAACCAGUUUGAUGUGCAUGUGUCACGUCAUUUUUAGUCUACUGUACGUGAGCGCCAAUUCAAACGGGGGUUCUUUUAUUUUCGGAAUGACAAUAAAAUAAAUGUGAACUUCUGAAAUAUCCAGUGAAUAAUUAAUAAAAUUUAGAGUUUUCUUGAUUUUCUUUUUUUAAUUAGAAAAUCUUGAAAACCCUGGAUUUCAUCAAUUAUUUUUUGGAAUUUCAGCGGAGAUGCGGAAGCUAUGCCCAAAUUAUGAACUUUUAACGAAAAAAUUUGAAUUUUUCAGGGCGAUUUGGCGACAAUUUUCUGUGGAUAACCAUCAAAUUCAAGAAUUCUGGAAAUCGAUUUUUUCUACUUUUUGCUUAA